AUGGAAGACGACAAGAAAAUCCCGUCUGAGUACCGCAUCUCUGAGAAGUGGGACAAAUGCUUGGAAAAUUUCACUCUAUACUUUGGCGCUGGUCUUGUGGCUGGAGGGCUCACGUCGGUUGUUCUAGCGCGCUCUGGUGCUGGUCGUGGACUAAUCACGGGGUUAGGCGCAGGAUCUGGUGCUGGAUCAAGCUGGACAACGUGUCAGAUGGCAGAAAUUUUCAAGCCCAAAGUCGACGUCGGGCUAGGCCAGAUAAACGAUCUGAGCUACAUCAGCUGA